AUGGAUCCGGCGGCACUCUUCGGCAAUGCCAAUGUGCACUAUGUCAACGAAGAGUACGAGGAGGCUUUGAAGAACUACACAAUGGCAGUGACGCUGGAGGACUGUGUGGUCUAUCGAACGUGCCGUGCUGCGUGCUACCUGAAGCUUGGAAGGUAG